AUGCUUCCAAUGUCACCUCAGAAACAGCACUGGUCAUCAUGGAAUCGCUUGCCUAGAGAGAUCCGGCUUCUUAUCCUCCAUGAACCAAUGCGAGCAGGUUGCUCGCAAGGUCACUUGGCCACUGUGUCCCGAGAGUGGCAAAUCGAGAUCGAGCGACAUAAUUUCGCUCGAAUCAGACUGACACCAUCACGCCUCGUCAACUUUGGUGCACUGAUUCAAAGAAAUCAAGCACUCGUCAGCUACAUCUGGUUCUGCUUGGAGCUUGAUGAUUACGACUGCACCACGUGCGCACCUGAUGGUACAAGGCUCACACUAGAAGAGUGGGGUGAAGCUUGUGAAAUCAGCGACACAGAUAAGUGUCCCAUCACCGCGGCAUUCCGGGAUUUAUUCUUGAUUCUCAGCACAUGGGACUUUCGGCCUGAUUUGAUACUGGAUAUCAGUAUAUAUUCGCCCAGCGACUCGGAGCAUUGUUUUCCGUAUCUUACUUUUAUGCCUGACACCCCUUCGAAUAUGUCAAGUGGGUAUGGUAUUGAGAAGGCAAGAUCAAGCCGGCACUAUCAUGACCCUCAACAUGGUUGGGUUGCUGGGUUUCGACACGCCGCCCCACCUCGAUAUGCUAUCAGAAAAGUGUUCCAUUCGGUCAUGGAGCGGGGACCGUUUGACAGUGAUCAGUUAGAGCUCCAAUGGUGGGAUCAGCUUCCAACAUUCCCGGCCGUGACUGGUUUACUUCUCCGCCAACAGAAUCGCCGGCUAUGGAAGCCGCCGUCCCUGGCACAUAUGUUUGCCCGGUUUCCUAGGCUCAAAGACAUCCACUACCAGCCCUGGAGAGAAUGGGACUUCCCACAGCAUAUUACAGACAAAGAUUACCAAUAUCUAUUCGAGUCUAUCCGUCUCUUCAACAGCAGUCUCAAGAGACUCGUAGUUUUUGAGAACUUCAAUCAACAGUAUCCAGCUACGAUGCAGCGGUUCCUAAACGGAGUCGAUUUGACCCAAUGCGACAGUCUCCGCAAACCUGAUUCAGCGGUAAGCCGGAUAGUCGCUCUCGCCAGUCUCAAGCUGGAGCAACUCGCAGCAUCCUUCAUAGUGGAUGCCAGCAGUUUCUUCGAGGUGCAACCCUCUUGGGAGUGGCCGAGCCUUACCUCGCUUACUCUUACUUCAAGGCUACUUACGCCCGAUGGGGACUUGGUUGAGAUUGAAGCAAUGCUUCAGAAAGCGGCGGCAGCAGCCAUGAAAAUGCCCCAAUUAGGGUUAGCAGCGCUCUUUAGGUAUCAGGCAUUCCGCAACAUCCCGCAAGCAGUAGUUCUGUGGAGGGGCACAUGGAAGUUUGCUAUGAAACCAUCAAUAACCCAAACUUGGGAAGCUGUUAUACAUCAGUAUAACGGUUGGAGGCUGGAUUUCGUUGAAGAACAGCUGAAUGAAACGACCAUCAAGUCUCACGGACAUGCGGUUCAACACUUGAUGCAUGCAACCCAGAUUAUCUGCCCAGUCUCUCUGCGGCAGAUCCAAACGGAACAGAAAGCUCUAGGGGCGUAG